UCAGUCGCGGUUGCGGGCAGUUGCGGGUGGAGGGUAAACUGGUGCUCCGGUUUUGAGGUUAGGGUUAGUGACUCGGUGACACCGCGGCAGACGCCAGGCGGCGAGUUUUCGGUGCGCGAGAAAAAGGAAGGAAGCGAACGCGCCGGGGCAUCGUUCGCCCGCUUCCUCGCUGUCGCGUCGAACGUCGGCGAAAACGUCCGUCGUCGUCGGCGAGCGACGAUACGAAAACUUCGUGAAACAACGGGAGGCAAUUCUGCCGGCGGCGGAAUUCCCUGACGUCUGUUUAUAUCGCGGGAACACGAGUGGCAUCCGCCGCGCGCGUCCAAAAAUAGAACGGCGGCGCCCGUCGACCAGAGGGCGGAAUUCCUCGCUCGCGCGGGAGGAGGGAGGGGGAAGGGAAGGCUCGCACUCCCCCCCGGGAUCCCGAAGGGCGAGAGGCAAACGCGACGGACGUCGAUGACACGAGACCGGAGAGCGGCAACGUGAUAGCCGCUCGCCAACUUUCUCCCCCUCUCGUCCGUCCCGCUCGUCGGUUUUGGAGCGCGCGCUGUGAUCCUCCCCGCGAUUGACGAGGAUCUGUCAUUGAUCCGCAUUCCGCGCGCCGAACCGCCCGAUCGAAUGCCCGAUCUCGCGACCGGCGCGAUCCUUCGCUCAUCGUUGUCCUAUUCUUCCUCCCUCUCCUCCCUCCAGUCCGAUCCGGAAACAGGAUCAGUCGGGGUCGCGACAGCAGCGAGCGUUCCCGUGCGAGACGCGUGCAUUUCCGGUUGUGCGACGAUGUCCCGGCGAUUUUCGCGCGUGCGACACGCAUCGCCGCGCAUCGCAGGAUAAACGUACGGGGGAGUGCGCGUCCCGAUCCUUCGGGGCCGGGCGCGAGGAGGCGCGCCGCGAGCGACGAAUUGAUCCUCCUCUUGGCGCGGCUCGUGGCAGGCAAGGUCGGACAAAUGAGGCGUCGUCGCGUGGCGAACGACGACGCGCGGCAGAGAUCGGCGGCAGGAGCGACGACUGUACCGAUGACCGUACGUUACUGCGAGACGACGGCCACGACGACGACGACGCGUGGGCUCCAGUGAGAAGAUGUCGCAGACCGCGGAUGCCGAAAGCGAGACCGGCUCCAUUUGCGACGAGGAACGCGUCCGGAAGCUGUUCCAGGCAUGCGACGGCGACGGCGAUGGCUACAUCGACAGCCAAGACCUAUUGACGGUGUGCCGGGAGCUGAAUCUCGAGAACUCGGUGGAGGAAUUGAUGAGGGAAUUGGGCGCGGACGAGCACGGUCGCAUUUCCUAUCAAGAGUUCCUUAGGCGGCGUCUGGCUCUGCGACCGGAAAUCGAGGCUCUCAGGGCCGGCAAACGGCGAAGCAGUCCGCAUCACACCCACACGCCGGAGUACCUGCCUACCAGCAGCGACAACAGCCUCGGUACCGUGUCCGGACGGCAUGAAAGUUGGGAGUUUGACAGCGGUGCCCGUGAUUUGUCACCAGAACCUCAUAGUCUUCAGAAACUAGUGGAGGCGGCCGCCGGCGGAACGGGGAACAUGCUGGACCUCGCGAACAAGCUUCACGCGGCCGCACUCUCCUCCCUGCGGUCCGAGGUGGCCGAGCUGAACUCGCGGCUGGUGGUGGCUACUCGCGCGCGGGAGACGGCCGAGGCCGCGCUGAUGCGGGCGGAGGUUCAGGCGGCCCGCUCCGAGCAGCGGGCGGAACAGCAAGCGGCACGGCACGAAGAGCGGCUCACCGAGUUGCAUUCCGUCAUCGCGGAGCUGGGCAGACAGCUGGAGCGACAUCGCGCCACCGUAAUUGCCGAGGAGGACGAGUCUGAAGUCGAGACGAGCAGGGACGCCGAGGGUUCCAUCACCAACCCGGUGGAGGAGAGCGAGGGCGGCGGCGAUAUUCAUGGAGAUGGCGAUCGCACCCUGGGGGACGCCGAUUCCAGCUGCUGCGAGGACGAGAAUCGACCGGCAGAGAAUGAUAGGGAACAGCUGGACAGUCCGGCCGCGUUGCCGACUCCCGAGCCAACGCAGCAAGCGGCAUCGUGUCAGAGCGUCGCCGUCGCGACGCUGCAAGAAGAGAUCACGGCGUUACGGGCGGAGAUCACGAGUCUGCAGGCGCAACUGGUUCAUUUCAAGAGCCAGAGCGGCAAUCAGAGACAGACGGCGGGCAGCGAUUCGCCGCGUCGAGAAUUCCGAACGAGAGGCAACAACAGCUCGCCGGAACCUUUGACGGCGCCAUGCUCGCCGCUCUUGCCACCGCUACAGGCACCUCCGACAAAGAGCGUGAUGAGGGAAGAGCCGCCGGUACUCAAAAUGGCAGAGAGGGUGAGAUUGAGGAGAACGGACGAGAGACACAUUACCGGUCCGGACAUUACUAAUCUUGGGGUAUGCUCCACAAUGGUCGCCGAACAUCUCGUGUCGGAUCUCCUGGAGCAGUCAAACCUGCAGGAAUUGAAUGGCUCAGAAAAGCAGUUUGAGGUCGAGACAGAGCGAUUGAAUAGCAGACUGGAGCAUGCUCGGGCGAACAACGCGGUUCUUGCGCUUACGUUGCACGAAAGCAAGGCGCAAUGUGAUAGGUUGAGCUUAUUAGUCGGCAAGUACGAGUCGAAUGCAACGGCGUUGCGGCUCGCACUUUCAUACAGCGAUCGCGCAAUUGAGGCCUAUGACGUUCUAGUCGCUCUGUUGGAAAGCGAAAUUGCGCUCUCCACCGAGAGAAACAGCGUGACAAUUGACAAUAGGAGGGCGGCCGAAAACGUUGCGUAUCAUGUUUUAAAUAGACUCGAGAAUGACAGUAGCACUACGCUGGGAGCUCCGUGGGAAGACAGUAUGGUCUUGUCAGAUGAAUCGGAAAUAACGUGGAACGUGGAAGAUGAGCAGCGACUUAGAAGACACAUCAGCAGGUUGAAAGGAGAACGUACGAUGGUCCGAUCGACGGCGGUCGAGCUAGAGAGCGUGCACGCAGAACCCCUGAAUUCAAAGAACACCAUCUCUCUUGCGGAGGCUAGAAAACUCGAUUUGGAAACCGCAGUGCUCAUGCAAGAACUAAUGGCCAUGCGAGAAGACAAGGCUGAAUUACGUGCUAGGGUAUUUCUUUUGGAGAAGGAACGCGCUACGAUAGAAUUGAAGUUAAACGCGCGCGACACGCAGAUCGCAGCCCAACAUGCCACCAUACAGCACCUUCAAGGCCAACUAAGCGACGCGGAAGCUAUGCUUGCGAUGGCAACGAAGGAUCGAGGUUUAAGCGACAACGAGAACGAGGGAAUGGAGUCUGAAUUGAUCGAGGCGCUCGGCAGGGAAGCGAGGCUGAAGGAACGCCUGCAGGAAUUGAUAUCAACCCUGGAUGAAGUCAACAAGAAUUCCGAACUCAGGCAUCAGCAGUCCGCCGAACUUGUUAACGACUUGAAAAGAGCUAACGGAGCGCUGGUUCAAACUCUGGAGAAAUCCAAGAAAAAGUAUCAGUCCAGACUGAAGAAGCUGGAGCAACAAAUGCUGGGAAUGGUGGAGAGACACGCUGCACAGGUGAAAACAUUGAAGCAGCGAAUAGCUCUACUGGAGGAGGAAUCAAUGGGCUAUAAGGGAAGCAUGGCACUGCAGUCUCAGAGUUCUGGUGCUAGCGAGACAUCCUUAUGACGGUCGAGUGAUUAAAUGGGAAAAAAUGACGCACGGUGCAAGCUUAGUAAUCUAAUAAUUAUUUUUUAAUGCCUAUCCUGUGUUGUCGCGAGGGGACACAAUUAAAUAACGCAAAAUGGAGAUCAAGCUCACAUACAUGUAUUUUUUUACACCGAAUAGUUGAAAGUAAAAAGACGCUUAGCUAUUCGCUUUGUAAUUAUAUCACAGUAUAUAUUGCCGCUGUCCUAACGAGAAUAAUAAAAAGAAAAAAGAAACGAUUCAACGCUAGGCCUACGCAAUGUGUGCAAUGUGUCGAUACACGAACAAGUCUAUAUAAAAUAGAUCUUUCAGCACGUCGUAAAUUAUAAAUAAUUGAUUAGUAGUGUAUCGCGUUAUCGAUAAUCGCUGUGUACAUAUGUAUAUUGUAAAAGCAUAAACAAGUGUGAUACGUGUAAACUAUAAUAAACUGUGCUUUAUUACAGA